CACGGACUUGGUGACUGUCGAUCUUCAACUAACCCUCAUGGCGCCUCACCAACUGAACCGUUAACAUCAGAAAUCCUGAUAACAUGGACCGACUUUCCUUUCUUUUUCGUUUUCGUCGAGAGUUUUGCCUUGCCGGUUUGCCUCCAGUUUCUGACCCUUUUUCCCUAUCCGCUCUUUCACACUGUUUUUCACUCUCUGUCAUGUCGCUCUUUUGAACAAACACCAACUAUAUUCUAUCUGACGAUACUUAUCUUGACCAAUCAAUCAAUAUGAAUCCUUCACUUAAUGCCACAAUGAACGACGCUUCUUUCCUUAUCCCACCCACCCGGUUCCUGUUCCAACCUGCCCAUCGACCCAAAUACGACAUCGGCACCCUAGCAAGUCCAGGUCGUCGAGGACUUCUUGGACUCGCACAGCGCGAUCUCACGUGUGCGAGCGACGAAACAACAUGUACACAAGGAAGCUGGUGCUGCGGAAACGGCUCAACGUGCUCGCUUGAUAACGGCGCCUUUUUCUGUUGCCCUCCAGAGGCUGGCCAAGAUGGGUGUGCAAGGGUUUGCGCCACUGGUGAUUUCCAAUGUGGGAAUGUUUGCUGCGCCGACGGGCAAACAUGCAUGGGCGCCGACUCUGGAUCCCCUUAUUGUGUGAAUCCUAGCACCACCAGCAACACUUUGAUGAGCAGCGUUCCUCUUCCGACAACUCCAACGACAACGACGGCUUUGAUCAGUUCGACGGUUGCACACACUACGCCAACCAUGAUGACAACUGCAUCUUCCUCAGUUUCUACAACAUCAGAUACCGCCGUACCAUUCCCUUCCAGCAUGAGCUCUUCACAGACAGCUGCCGCAUCCACAACAGUCUCACCCUCCCCCGACCGUGAAGGCGGGAUACCCAUGGCCGCCCAAAUCUCCAUCGGGGUCAUCGUCCCCGUAUUCUGCAUCUUCCUCGUCUUCGGUCUCUGGAUGGUGCUCUUCCGGCGGUCCAAGUCGCGCCGACUCUCCAUGGGAGACGCGCCCGGUGAAUUCCCGCCCCGCUUCCACGUCGUUGCUCCUUCAGACUUGGACCGCCCAUCAAGCUACUACCCGACUACGCCACCACCGGCCUACACCAAAUCCGCCACCACGCUCGAUUCGACGGUUCCCGCGGCCUCUUCGGCUGCCACUUCGGUAUAUGGUAACGAGUCGCUUGCGCCGGAGCAAGGAAUGGAGAUGUCGACUUUGAGUGUACCCCUGUCACCGUCGCCCAGGUUGCCGCCGCUGGAUCAGAGGUUGAGUGUGAUGGAUGUGAGGCUGUCGGUGGCGAGCACGACGGUUGGGACGCCGGAGCAUGAGGAUCAGGCUGGACAUUGGCCGCAGAUGGAUGGUAUGCAUCCCGGGUCGCCGGUGGAUCCGUCAAGGGCCACGGUGUAUUAUCCGAGGCAUACGGUCGAUCAGUCGGUCGAUCAUAAUGGUGUGCGCCCGGGGACAGCGCUGUAGUGAGUUGGUGCACGAUUUUGAGAAGGAACAGGAACACCUCUCGUAUAACAAACAAGAGGAUUGGGGACUAAGGAUUUACGGUCGACGAGCUACACAGAGGCUCUUUUUUCUUUAUACGUUUUCAAGCUUCAUGUAUCAAAGAUUUGCAUGUCUUAUGGUGUUGGCGUGGGUGUUGAAAGGAAGGAAUGGGAUGAGAUUGGAGCAUUUAUGUAAAGUUAGG